CUGAAUAAAACAAAAAUAAAAUGGCGGAUUGUUACCUUGUAUGAAAACCCACGCUUUAAUUUAUACAUUGUAUUUUAAACCAAAUAAAUAUCUUCUUUUAAUUAGAUUUCAUAGUAACGAUGCGUCGCAAAAGUGAACGAUCGGCGAGCAAAAAAAGAAAAUCUUCGCCUGAAAAGAAAGUUGAGAAAGUGAAACGCACGAGAUCUCGUCGCAAGAAGUCUACUUCCUCUGAAAAUGAAUCUGCCGAUGAGACAAUUUCGCAAGAGUCAGAGCCUGCGAUCGAUACUGAUCUUGUAAAAAAACCUCCACAAACACCUAUAAAAGCUAAUAGUCCUGAAGAAACUCAAGAACAGGUAUGGCAUGUCAAAGCCACAGAUAGUGGUGAUGUAGGAGAGAUACAGAAAUUAAAAAUUUGUCUAACACGUCCACCCUCUACUCCUGAAAGGCCGGAUCGGUCCCCAAGAAGCAGGAGAAAACAUUCUCGAGCGACUAGUUCAAGUGAUACACCAAGUAAUGAAGGAACAGAGGAUCGAAAGAAAAGUAAGCAUCGCACUAAACGUGCGGCACGUGCAUCGAAAGAUGGAUCAGACAAAAAUCAUGAUAGUCAAGAAGAACAAGACAGGGAGGUAGAAGUGUUGUGUCAAGAUGGUGAUACUCAAGUAACCCAAAGCACUGAACAGAUACAAGUCACAAUUAUAGAUGAAAUUCCAAUGUCUACAACUAGUGAUGAACCCAAAACAAGUGAUAAUUUAAAUGAAACUGGUGAAAUACAAAAGGAAGAAACAGCAAUAAAUAUAGAUCAAAGUAAGUCAUCUGAUGCUGACACAACUGUUGUUUCUCCAAGAAUUGAACCAAUAACUGUAGUUACAGUGGUUACUGAAACUGUAGUUGGUUUGCAAGAAAAUGAAACAACAGUUGUAUCAGCUCAGAUUGAUGUUAAACAGGCUAAAGAUAAAACACCAGAAAAAGAUAGCCCUGAGUCAAAUCUCAGUGUGUCUGUUGAUAAAUCUGAAAUUCUUGAAAUUCAUGCAGAGGAAAGUAAGUGUGAGUCGUUUGAUAAUGAGACCAAGAUGCAGGAGGAUUCUGUAGAGGAAAAUAUUGACACAGAUAAGGAGUCCAUUUCUGAAAAGGUAAGUAAAAUUGAAGAACAGUCUGUCAGUUUUUCCAAGGAAAAAGAGCCAAUUCACAGUGAUGAGAAUAAAGAUACUAAUAAAACUGAUGUUGUAGAGAAAUCAGAUGGUACAGAAGUAGAAAGGACAAGGAAAAAUUCUUCUGAUGCUGAUGAGAAGGUAGAAAAUAAAAUAAGGCAUAAAAGUAGAGAUCUUGAACGUUCUGACUCAAUACAAUCAACCCAGGAAGAAACUGUACAAAAUGGUACAGCUCCUAUAACUAUUAAUAGGAAACGAAGAUGGGGCUCUCGCUCUUCCAAAGUUACAACCCAAAAGUCUAUUACUAUAUCUACCGAUGUUCUUAAAGAGAUAAUACCUGAUGUUAAACCUGUGGAAUUUGAAGAAGUUAUCGAAGAAAAAAAACAUAAUAGAAGGGAUGUUGUUGAAAAAGUGGAUAGACCCAUUUUACCAAAAAUUGUUAUUGAUAAUACAGAGAAUGUGGAACACAAUCGAAAAAACAAAGAAAAUGUUGAAACAGAAAAAGAUAGACCUAGAGAUUCGCCAUUGGUAUCUAAUAGGAAAAUUUCAAUAGUUAAAGAUAAUGAUAGCAUUAUUGCAAGGCCUCCAAGUCCACCCAGACAUAAGCAGUCAAAUAUAUUGUACAUAACAAAUUUGGUAAGGCCAUUUACAUUACCACAACUAAAGAACUUGUUACAAAGAACUGGAAGAAUUCAAGAAAAUGGAUUUUGGAUUGAUAGAAUUAAAUCAAAAUGCUUUGUUAAAUAUGUGACUGAAGAUGAGGCAGUAGAAACCAGACAUGCACUCCAUGGUGUCACUUGGCCAGUAUCCAACCCUAAGACAUUGCAAGUAGACUUUUCCACAGAAGAAGCCUUUGACAAGGCCAAGUCGAAUGAAGAAAAUGAUAAUAAUCAAGCUUCCACAAUACCAGGAACAGUAGAGGAUUGGCUACUGGAACAAGAUAUAAAACGAGAACGUGGAGAAUUGGAAAAACCAUGGGAAAGGAAGGCAGCAAUGCGUGAGUGGGAUCUUGGUAAGGGUGAUAAAGACAAAGAGAAGGAAAAGUUGAGGAAGGAUGACCGCCUGCUAGAUAAGAGACGACAUCGUAGCCCUGAAAGGAGCCCUGAACCAGCAAGGAAAUUCAAGAAGAAGGAAGAAGAAGCACCAGCAAAACUACUGGAUGAUUUGUUCAGGAAGACUAAAACAACGCCAUGCAUAUAUUGGUUGCCACUGUCUGCUGAAACUAUAGCAGUGAAGGAAGAACAGAGGCGACAGCAUAUGGCGGAGCAUGAGCGGCGUUUACAGGAAAUGCGCAGAAAUCAUCGUCGGCACUACCAGGUGGGAGGCGCACCUUAUUUGAUUUUGACGGUGCUGCUGGUUGCAACUGUCGCUCAGGAUCCAUUCACUCUCAGGGAGUUCGUGAGCGGGAGUUUUGCACAGAGGGGUUUCAAUGGAACAUGGAUAUCAGAUACGGAGUUUACAUAUACCAUUUCCUCAAAUGAUGAAAACUCCGGAAUCUUCGUGUUUAAUGUAGAGACUCUUAACAGCUCCCAUCUUGUUGAACCAGAAUUAUUGACACUACUAAACACAUCUCGGCCUGUAUUGUCAGCUGACAGAGAUUACAUUUUGGCUGCUUCUGAUGUACAACAAGUCUACCGUUAUUCAUUUACGGCCAAGUAUGAGCUGUAUAAUAUAAAUACACAAGACAUAUUCCAAAUAGCCGACCAUCAGGCUUUGCAGCUUUGCAUAUUCGGCAGGGAGCACUCACUCGCGUAUGUACUGAACAACAACGUGUAUUACCUCCCUGAGAAUAGUAGAGAAGCUAUACAGCUUACAGAUGACGGCAUCGUGGGAAUUAUAUACAACGGUCACACCGACUGGGUGUAUGAGGAGGAUGUGAUGUAUACGGGACAGGCUACGUGGUUUUCGACGCAAGGUUCUUAUUUGGCUUUUGCUACAUUCAACGACACGGAGGUUGAAACAUAUUCGUGGUAUCACUACACGAACACAUCGGAUCCAGACGACCUAUACCCUGAACUGUAUCAUCUGAAAUACCCUAAGGUCGGACGCGAAAAUCCAUCAGCUAAACUACGCGUAGUUAAUCUCACGUCUCUGGUUGAAGAGAAUAACCGCAAUUUCUUGACGUUGGAAGCUCCUGCAGAGGUGACCGCUGACCACAUCCUGGGCGGAGUAACUUGGCCAUCCGACAACGAAAUCGCUGUCCACUGGCUUAACAGGCGACAGAAUUUCACCAUUCUAAGAAUUUAUAAUAUUGAUAAUGGUACAUACGUGGAUGAACAGAGAGAACAACCAAAUGGCUGGGUUCCCAUUGCGUUGCCUCGAUUCAGCAGCGAUGGUUCAUAUUACGUAUCCACCCGCUGGUCUGAACCACAAAUAGACGGCAGGAUAUGGCAACAUCUAUACCUCAGCUUGAGAGUCGGCAACGAGAUUAUAUCGAAUUCAAUAACGCCUGGAUUGACCACUGUCAAUAACUUCGUUGGAUUGGAUGAGGCUGGGCCUUACUUUUAUUACACUCGCACGGUUCCCGGCACCCAGUGGCGAUCAGAGGUCCGCCGCGGUGGAGCAAUGGACGGGUGCAUUAGCUGUUUAAUUACGUUGCCUGAAGGUGGACCCUGCACUUGGGCUACGGCUACCGCUAGUGUCGGCGGCAAAUACCUGUCGGUCACUUGCUCUUCACCUAACGAGCCCUCUGCCACCUAUAUAGUUAACCCAUUGGCAACUAAUGCGUCCACCCUAGUUCUUUACGCAUGGGAGACGAACAGUGUACUACGAGAUCUACUUGUUGACAAGGCUCGUCCAGAAAGCAUUAUAUUCACUGUCCCACUGGAGAACGGUAUCCAAGCGCCAGUGCGACUUCAUAUACCACCAGGUGUUAAUUUGAACAGCACCUCCGUACAAUAUCCCGUGAUAUACUAUGUUUACUCUGGGCCUAAUACCAAUACAGUAUAUGACACUUUUACAUUUGGAUACCAUACAUAUAUCACAACGAACCACGAUGCAGUCUAUAUGUUAGCGGAUGGCCGCGGAGCUGGACUUAACGGGCAAGAUAUAUUGUAUUCCCUGAAUAAUAAACUUGGAACAGUAGAAGUGGAGGACCAUUUAGUUAUACUCCGAGAAGUCUUGGACCGGUACCCAGCAUUGGACCGCAAUCGUGUCGGCAUCUGGGGCCACAGUUAUGGCGGAUACGCAACUCUGUUGACACUAAUCAAGGACGAAGAACAUCUGUUCAAAUGCGGUGUAGCUGCGGCAUUGGUUACAUCGUGGCUAUAUUAUAACACGAUGUAUACGGAGCGUUUUAUGGGACGGCCUACGCCAGAAGACAAUUUGAGAGGCUACAACGAAGGUGACAUAACGUUGUUGGCUGAAAAACUGAGAGGACAUGACUUCUUUAUACUCCAUGGCAAUGCUGAUGACAAUGUGCACUAUCAGAACGCAGCCAAGCUGAUGCGAGCACUUCAAGAACUAGAUAUACCUUUUAGACAAAUGAGCUAUCCAGAUGAAGCACACUCACUUUCUCGCGUGAACUACCAUAGAUAUGACUUAAUGAAUCGUUAUUGGCAACAGUGCUUGAACAUGACAUAAAUGGAUUUUGUGGAUAUGUGUCUCCAUUGUGAUAGGCCGGUAGAGGAGUAUCCAUCUAUUUAUUUAUAAUGUAU